UAUCUGGCAUACUUGGUCCGAUCUAAUCAGAUAAGCGACUAAGAUUUUUCCGGAGGGACCCUAGGGAUUGACGUCAUUGAGGGAGUCAUCCUUGCCUGCUCAGUCAUAUUGUACUCAGUAUCAACAGAUACUGGCAAUAGGGUCACUAUCAUCACUGAGAGAAUGCUUCGAGCAAAAUCAUGACAGCGAAUUGCCAACCCCGAUGCGGACCAGUCUGGUUCCACCAAGGUCUCUUCCCCGCCAAAGGCCAGCCACGACCAUUACAACAACCUUACCUAGCUUCUAACAACUCUCACCUAAUGCAAAAACAAUCCUGCAUACCCAACGGAAGCUGUGCUUGUCUCAGUCAAAAAAGAAACAAAGAUGGCGUCUACAGGUCGAUCAAGUACCGUUCCUCCGCCUUCAACGUCAUCUCCCGCUCAUUCAGACUCUUUCAUACGACCUAGGCAGCCGAGCCUUGACCUGGAACGCGACAUUCUAUCCACGCGUGGCCAGCGUCUAGCGGGCUUGAUACGGCGGCGCUCAUUAUCACUUUAUGACUCCGAUGGCUUUGACGAGAGCGACCGGUGGGACGAGUCAAUUGCUCCCCGGGAGCGUAUGGACCGGCCUGCCUUUGAACGCGCGCAGCGAUUGAUCGGUGACAGAAGCCCCUUUUAUCGAUGGCAAUCUUUCUACCGCCAUCCAGCCACUUUACAAGGCUUGCCGAAGCCGCUACGACAAUACUACGAACGCAACAACGACCUCAUCUCCCAAUACGUUUACAUCGACCGAUUGUUGGACUCGUCCCUGCCCCACCGCCUGAUUGUCGACUACCAUAAACCUCGUGGUUUGUUGGGACCAACUUCUGCAUAUACCAACAAUGGCAGCAGCACACGAGAGUCCGAGCCGAACACCGUUCCUGACAAUGGUCUGGACCCUAGUAGUGACACCGCUACAAUUAAACGCACCCCACGCAAUCUCUAUCGCAUCCCCAAUGAAGGCACCCCUCUUCUGUCACCACCGUUGGAGGAGAAUGUGUCAGCAGGGCAUGAUAUCAUGCACAAGCACGAAGACUAUGUGGAGAGUGGGGAUAGAAUAGUCACCAUCGCCAUCUAUGUCAACUUCAUCGCUAACAUAGUACUGCUGGCUGCCAAAAUCGUCGUCAUGUCAAUGACAAGCUCUCUCUCAGUGCUUGCCAGCUUGGUUGACGCAGCAUUGGACUUCCUCAGCACUGCCAUUGUUUGGGUGACGACCAAUCUAAUCAACCGACAGGACCGCUACCGGUAUCCUAUCAGUCGACGCCGGUUGGAGCCAUUGAGUGUUCUCGUUUUUGCAGUCGUUAUGAUGACAUCUUUCGUUCAAGUGGCACUGACAUCAUUUAGUCGAUUGCUAUCGUCAGACCACUCCGUGGUCGAGCUCACGAUACCGUCUAUCGCAGUCAUGGCCAGUACUGUGGUUAUCAAGCUGAUUUGCUGGUUUUGGUGCCGAUUGAUCAAGAACUCCAGUGUCCAGGCUCUGGCGCAAGACGCCAUGACAGAUGUAGUUUUCAACCUAGCGAGUAUUCUAUUUCCUCUGAUUGGCUCAUUCACCAAUACUUGGUUCAUCGAUCCUCUCGGCGGUUUGCUCCUCUCCUUAUAUGUUAUCUGGAAUUGGAGUGGCACGGCCAGCGAGCACAUCGGCCACCUUACCGGCGCCGCUGCAUCCCCGAAAGAUCACAGCAUUUUUCUUUAUAUGACCAUGCGCUUCUCCAAGGCCAUCCUGAAGAUCCAGGAUCUGAAAGCAUAUUACGCCGGUGACAAGCUUAAUGUUGAGAUUGAUAUCGUGCUCGAGCCCAAAACGAGAUUGCAGGAUAGCCACGACGUGGGGGAGAGCCUGCAGUACAUGAUUGAGAGCGUUCCGACCGUGGAUCGCGCUUUCGUUCAUCUGGAUUAUGACCCUUGGAACAUCCCCAGUCAUAUGAACCAGCAAGAGGCAUAGAUACCUGUUUGGGAUCAGUUGUAAACAACCCGACCGACGUGUUCUAUUGUAUAGACAGAUAUGACUGUAUCAAGUAUUUAUCUAUUGGAGUUGUCGAAAAGUGGAAUCGAGUAGGAGUAUACUGUUAAUUCGCGCUGCAGAUGACCUGUCAGAUUCCGCCCAUCAGAUAAGGAUGGAUGAUAAUCAAGGGGGCGGAUGGAUGCCCUUGGACAAUCGCAGCGAGUCGCACAAGAGACAAAAGUCAAGGGAUGAGGGGCUGACAUGCCGAUGAUCAGCGCCAUCUGAAUGCUGUCAAUUUGUUCAAUAGCGCGCAACAGACGCAGGGUCCCGUGAUGUUCCAACCAUGCCUAUUGUAGAAUGUUGAUUGUUAUCCACGAUCGCGUGGUGAU